CAGUAUGAAUGGUACUAACCCUCGUGUGGGGUGUAAUCUGCCGCCGAAAGACACUUGUCUGAACCUCAUGGAGUUGGUCAAGAUUAACAAAUUAGUACGAAGAUAGAGCCUUUUGGCAUUGAUUCUUAACUUCAUCUUCAAAGAGAUCAUAAACCAAUUUAGUUCGAGUGAUGGCCACAUAUUUUAUACAACCUCCAAUCCCAGCUUCACACGUGUUAUCUUCAAAACCCUGCGCCAUAAAGAUGAUGAAACUUCAUGGUGCACUCUUGGCCACUCACCAAUUGAACAAGAAGUGCAUCAGAUUUGGGCUCAAUUCUUCCGUUAAAGCAGCAGAACAGAGUUCUGAAUUAGUUGCUGACGAAAAGAUAAUACCAGAAGAACCUGCCAAGAUUAAAAGAGACCUUUAUGAUGCAUUACAAGGCAUCAAUAGAGGCAUUUUUGGAGUCACAUCAGCAAAGAAAACUGAGAUUUUGAAAUUGGUUGAACUACUGGAAUCUCAAAAUCCAAAUCCUGAACCAACUUCAUGCUUAGAAAAGGUUUCUGGAAGUUGGAAGCUUAUUUAUAGCACCAUUACCAUCCUGGGGUCGAAAAGAACGAAACUCGGAUUGAGAGAUUUCAUCUCUUUGGGAGAUUUUGUCCAGUCUAUUGACGUUGUUGAGGGUAAAGCAGUUAAUGCAGUCAAGUUCAGCGCCAAAGGUCUGAAUCUGUUCAACGGGCUGCUAACUAUUGAGGCCUCCUUCAAGAUUGCUUCAAAAUCAAGAGUUGAUAUCAGUUACCUUAAGUCAGAGAUCACGCCGGAGCAGUUGAUGAAUGUAUUCAGGAAAAACUACGAUCUUCUUCUCUGCAUUUUUAAUCCGGAGGGCUGGCUCGAGAUUACAUAUGUAGACGAUUCUUUGCGAAUUGGGAGAGAUGACAAAGGAAAUAUCUUCAUCUUAGAGAGAGUCGAAGAUAGUACAUUGUAAACAUUUUCAAACUUCCUUUUCGGCAUUUUGAUAAUGAUUCAAGCAGCAUAUAAACAGAAUUAAGGUAGAGCUUCAGGGCUUAUUUUUUCUUAUAAAUGAACUUUGUUGAACAUCAUAUUCCCAUUGUCCAAAGGGAACUGUUACUGUGCAUUCUAGAAUAGAAUCUUUAAUGGCUCAAUUUGCAAUAAGAAGGAAAUGAAUUUGAUCA